GGGACAAUCAGUCAAGUCACUGCAGCCACAGGUGGCAGGCCCUGUUUUACAAGGCGCAGCUCUCGUCUCCACCCAUAGCCAAUAGUAAAGAAAGUCAUGCGCUGAGAGAAAAAAAAAACUUCACACUACAUUUACCGAGGAAUCUACUUGUAGUCUAAAUAAUUUCUCAGCUCUUUUGCUACAGUAGUUAUUUUUCCUUCUAUGGCAUUUUACAAGGAAGAUAGCCAGGAGGACGCACGAGAGUGUCCAGUAUGCUAUGAGUGUCUGUCGGGCACGGAGAGGACUCUGAGCUGCGGACAUGUAUUCUGCCAUGAUUGUCUGGUCAAAACGCUGGUCAGCAUCAACAGCGAUGGGAACAUCAGAGACACUAUUGCUUGCCCUAUCUGCCGACAUCUUACAUUCAUCAAGAAACAAAAGGAAGCGCUGGUGUCCCUCGCGACGGACAAUGAUCCAGAUGAAGCGCAGACACUAAAGGUGCCUCUCCCUCUGGCACUGGGAGAGCAGAGCGCACGGCGUGCCUACUGGGGCAGUUUACCGAGGGGAGUUAAUUGGAUUGCUCACUGCUUUAGGUGGAUGUCUGAACGAGUCCGUCGACAGAGGUUGAUCAGCCCCAGCCAUAAUGCAUCUCAGAUCUUUACCAUAAGCGCUCAAGGGCGACCCAUGACUGAAGACGACGCGCUCAGCGUUGUGAUGACUGUGGUUCGACCCCAGCGCAGGCGAAGGCGCAGGAUUUGCACAGCUGCACGAUGCCUGUUCGUUUUGUUGUCAGUAUUUACUGUAUUCGCACUGGUGGCUGCAACUUUACCCUGGAUUUUGUUGGCAUAGCCCAGUGAUAUAUGUCUGGAUUAUGAAGUGCCAAUAUUGAAUGAUGAAUUGACAUCAAACAUCUUGUCAUCCAGGGAAUCAAGAAGCUUAUCUACUAUGCAAUGGAGUGUGUGAAACUGUUUAUUUGUUUUACUGAUCAUAAUAAUCAGG